ACACGGAGACACAAGAAGCAUUGUCCAAGUAGAGCUUGGUCGGUAAAGCCUGCAAGUCUCAACGUGCAAUUUAUAGGACUCUAUUUCCUUCUAUUUCUGGUUCUGCUUUGUGUUUUUUGUUGCCAACCCAUUUCCACUCUGUAGAACCAUUACCUUACCAAAAAACAUAUAUAUUUUCGGUAUGGUGAGUAAUUAUUUGCGAAACAGAUAACACUACAAUUUGUUUUCUGAAAACAUUUUUAAUGCUUCAUGAAUCAUGAUUGAUGACGCCUAUAGGGAUGCGAGCAUAAGCCAUGUGAAAUUUCUGUGUACAGGGAUGGGGAGCCAAACCUUUUCGACAAUCAUUCUUUGAUCUUUUCUCAGUCUUUUUGCCAUUAAAAAGACGUUUCUAGUCGCUUCUCCUUCUCUGAGUACUCUCUUCCUCUCUCUUCAACUGCUGUACUUUUUGCUUAUUAUAAUCAUCUUUCAGUAAAGUUCAGCAGUUUAAUUACUUGCUCAAUUCAGAAGAUCCGAUCCAACACACUCAGCUACUUGCUCAGUCUCACCAGUCAGUCCUGCAAAGAUUGCACCCAGAAAAAAAUAUGAGCUGCUCAAAGUUUCUUCUUCUACGGUUCUACUCACCUAACCAAUUAUGUAUUAUCAGAAAUUAGUGGUAUUAUUUCUGGGCAGCAAUGGACCCAUCAGAAAAAUCAUCCAAACAAUCACCUAAAGUGCCAAGAGAUUCACGUGGCUCACUCGAGGUUUUUAAUCCCUCAACUUACUCUACCCGACCCACCAACGCGGCAGUUCGCCCUAAUCAGAAUCCGUCCACAUGGCAAAGUUGGAUAGAGCAACGCAGCAGCACGGAACCCGACCCGAACAUGCUCAACUCCAAAUCGGGUCGAACCGAAGAGAUCACCACUUCUUGGAUGGCCCUCAAGGACCCUGCUCCACCACAGUCAUCUCCGUUAUCCUCACCGUUGGCACCGAAGAUCACCAAGGAUCAUGAAAAAUCUACGGUUACUAAGCAACUAUCUGGUGAAGUUGGUGUGGCAGCUCAGAGGGCCGCGGAAUGGGGCCUAGUGUUGAAAACGGAUAAUGAAACGGGAAAACCGCAAGGGGUGGGGGUUAGGACUUCGGGCGGGGAGGAACCGAAUAACAAACCGGGUACUUCCCGAAGGAAUUCAAAUAAUUCGGUUCGGAGCUCGGGUGAAAUGUCGGAUGAGGGAAGCAGAGAAAGAGGUUUUCCAAGAGUGUCGGAGGACUUGAAAGAUGCAUUAUCAACAUUUCAACAAACGUUUGUUGUGUCGGAUGCUACCAAAUCCGACUUCCCGAUUAUGUAUGCAAGUGCAGGGUUCUUUAAGAUGACCGGAUAUACCUCUAAAGAGGUUGUGGGAAGGAACUGUCGGUUUUUACAAGGUGCGGGUACGGACCCGGAAGAUGUGGCGAAGAUUAGGGAGGCAUUAGAAGCGGGUCAGACUUACUGUGGAAGGCUACUGAAUUAUAAGAAAGAUGGGACACCAUUUUGGAACCUUCUCACCAUUGCACCCAUCAAGGAUGAAGAAGGCAAAGUCCUUAAAUUUAUUGGAAUGCAAGUGGAGGUGAGUAAGCACACAGAAGGGACCAAGGAUAAGUCGCUGCGUCCAAAUGGAUUGCCCGAGUCUUUGAUUCGAUACGAUGCCCGGCAGAAGGAAGUCGCUACGAGUUCAGUGACUGAACUUGUGCAAGCAGUGAGGAAACCUCGCUCACUAAGCGAAUCAACAAAUCGUCCACUGUUUAGAAAAUCAGAAGGUGGUGCAGAAGAGGAAAGAUCCGGAGCCCUCGGAUCAGCUGGAAGAAGAAACUCAGAAAAUGUACCUCCUCACAGAAGGAAUUCACAUGGUGGUCCUAGAGCCUCCAUGCAACGUAUCGUUGAGGUCCCUGAAAAGAAACCCAGAAAAUCGAGUCGUCUUUCUUUCAUGGGGAUUAUCAAUCGGAAAAGUACUCAAUCAGCAGCUAAUGAUAGCUUUGACAAUGGAGUUCUUAUGGAUUAUGACGAGAGCGAUGAUGAGAGACCUGAUACUGUUGAUGACAAAGUAAGAAAGAAGGAAAUGAGAAAAGGUAUUGAUCUGGCUACCACACUUGAACGUAUAGAGAAGAACUUUGUCAUUACGGAUCCCAGGUUGCCUGAUAAUCCCAUUAUUUUUGCCUCUGAUAGCUUCCUGGAGCUGACAGAGUACAGCCGUGAAGAAAUCUUGGGAAGAAAUUGCAGGUUUCUCCAAGGCCCUGAAACUGAUCCCGCCACUGUGAGGAAGAUAAGAAACGCAAUUGAUAACCAGACUGAAGUUACUGUGCAGCUAAUUAACUACACCAAGAGUGGCAAGAAGUUCUGGAACUUGUUCCAUCUGCAGCCUAUGCGUGACCAAAAGGGAGAAGUGCAGUAUUUUAUUGGAGUACAACUAGACGGAAGCGAGCACGUUGAGCCACUUCGCAACAGUAUUCUCGAGGACACUGCAAAAGAGAGUGAAAAAUUGGUGAGACAAACGGCAGAGAAUGUUGAUGAUGCAGUGAGAGAACUUCCAGAUGCCAAUUUGAAACCAGAAGAUUUAUGGAUAAAUCACUCAAAGUUGGUUCAGCCAAAGCCUCAUAGGAAGGAUACACCCUGUUGGAAAGCUAUUCAAAAGAUUCAAGAUAGUGGAGAACAGAUAGGUCUACAACAUUUUAGGCCAAUAAAACCUCUGGGAUCUGGUGAUACCGGCAGUGUGCAUUUGGUUGAGUUGUGUGGAACUGGUCAGUUCUUUGCCAUGAAAGCUAUGGAUAAGGGUGUUAUGCUCAACCGCAACAAGGUGCAUAGGGCUUGUGCAGAGAGAGAGAUUCUCGACAUGUUGGACCAUCCAUUCCUUCCUGCAUUAUAUGCCUCAUUUCAGACAAAAACACAUAUUUGUCUGAUAACUGAUUACUGCCCGGGUGGGGAGCUUUUCUUGCUUUUGGAUAGACAACCCACGAAGGUCCUGAAGGAGGAUGCAGUGAGAUUCUAUGCCGCAGAGGUAGUUGUGGCAUUGGAGUAUCUACACUUUCAAGGGAUUAUAUACAGGGACUUAAAGCCUGAAAAUGUUUUACUCCAGAGCAAUGGGCAUGUGUCGUUGACAGACUUUGAUUUAUCAUGUUUAACAUCUUGUAAACCACAGCUUUUAAUGCCAACUGCAAAUGAAAAGAAAAAGCACCACAGAAAUCAGCAGAAUCCAAUCUUUAUGGCUGAACCUAUGCGAGCAUCCAAUUCUUUCGUUGGCACAGAAGAAUAUAUAGCUCCGGAAAUUAUAGCUGGGGCAGGCCAUUCUAGUGCAGUGGACUGGUGGGCUCUUGGAAUUCUUCUCUAUGAGAUGCUAUAUGGAUAUACACCAUUUAGGGGAAAGACAAGACAAAAAACAUUUGCAAAUAUUCUUCACAAGGAUCUUAAAUUUCCAGGAAGAACACCGGUAAGUCUCCAUGCAAAGCAGCUGAUGUACAGGCUGUUGCACAGAGAUCCCAAAAACAGAUUAGGUUCACGUGAAGGAGCAAACGAAGUUAAGAAGCACCCAUUUUUCAAGGGUGUGAACUGGGCACUAGUUCGCUGCAUGAACCCGCCUGAACUUGAUGCUCCUAUCUUCACAACUGAUGCUGAUCAGAAAGAAGAUAAAGUUGUGGAUCCUGAACUACAAGAUCUUCAAGUGAACGUUUUCUGAGAGCUCCCGUUCUAUGUUUUAUUUGCAAGAAAUGCAAUUCCUGUUUCUUUUAUGAAUUGUCUAUGACAAAUUCUCUGCUGCAAAAGUUGAGCAUAUGUGCACGACAUCUGGUAGAACACCCAGAAAGAGGCUACAAAGAGCUCCUCAACUUGCCAGGAAUAGCAGUUUCAUUAAAUUUGCUUUAUGUAAUGUGUGCAUGGUUUGUAAUCUGUCUUGCUGCUACUUUAAUUGUAAGUUCUGUUAAUAAUAAGUUAAUUCAUUC